AUGCCUUCAAUCACACUCCACCCUCCCAGCAAGUCCACCACCCUUAACCCAAACACCUACAACAACCCCCUCCCCGCACUCCUCCAAACACCAUCCGGUCUCGCUAUCCUUGAACUCCAAGGCACAAUCAACUUCCCAGCCACAACCGACGACGACGAUGACAGCGACAUGAACACACACGAAGAAUUUCAAGCAGAAGGUGCAAAAACGAAAAUAAUCGAAACAGAACUCGGCAAAAUCAUGUUCCCGGAUUAUUCUGACCUCAUCGAUCCGGAGAGCACUAAGUGGAUGAAGCGUGUUUAUUUGUAUGCCGGACGGUAUCAGCGUAUGACGGGUGAAGUGAAGAAGUUGGCGAAGCCGUUGGCUGUUAUACAGCGACGAGAACGGAGUACGACUGAGAAUGGGAAUGGUGAGCAGGACGAGCUUGAGAUUGUGGAGAUUAUCAAGUAUAAGAUUAUCUUUGCAUCGAGGCCGGAACCCGUGGGAACGGCGUGA